CCUGGUGAAGAAUUUGAUAAACAUCAAAGGGAUGCUUAAGCUACUGAUGGGACAAAAUUGUGCUCCGCGGCGGUAAAUAAAAAAUACUCCUCUACUUCUUCGACGCUAGUCCUUUCAUGGACAGCCUGUGGGCCAUUUGUGAGAAGUGGACAUUUAUAUCACACAGAGAUAGCAUGUCCUGCACGUGACAUUGAAACGUUGAAAAAUCACGUGUUAGCCAAUGAUGAAAUUUGAGAUCCCGCGACACCUUGUAGACGGAGCUUUAGAACACAGGCGAGGGGACAGCGUCAACAGAACAACUAGGCUAAUGAAGAGGAUGACUCAGCUAAGCGAGAUUGAACUUAGCGUCAAUACUUUGUGCGACAGGAGUUGCAUAGCGUGUUCGAGCUAAUCCCGCUUGCACUGCCUCUGACUCAGCUAGGGCGAAGUGAGUGGUUGGGUCGGAGGUCAGAUUGGGAGUAUUUUUAUGUUGAGUAGUUCUGGAUUUGGACCAUC